UCAAUAUACAAAUACUACAUCGGCCAAUAUUCUAACCAAUGGCAGCAAUUCGAUUGACACGCAUGUCAACCACACCAUCGGCUCUCGUUGCAUCUUCCAUACAAACUGUAUUGAGGACUGAUACUCUGAGGUUAAGGUUUACGUGUGUGGCGGCUGGUUUUGGCUCAGAAAAUGGUCAAUUGACCGGAGAUAUAGAGAGGAAACCGGUACUAGUAACUAAAGCAGCCACAUCUAUGGUGGCUGCUUUGGGUGGUACAGUAACAGUUGUUACUGCACCUACACAAAUAAGCAGAAGAGUAGACUUGGCUACUCUACUGCUUAUUAUGAAAACUAUGGUUCGCCGUAAGUUAAAGGUGGCUAUGAGACCUAGGCCGUGGAGUUUGAUCAUUGAGUCGCUAAUUGAAAAGUUCAUAAUGGACUCUCGAUUCUUUACGAUGUUUGCGGUAGCAGGAACCUUGCUUGGUUCGGUAUUAUGCUUCCUAGAGGGUGUUUUUCUGGUUAUGGAAUCAUACCUUGGGUACUUUCAAGCCAUCUCCCACCACUCAGAUCAUGGACAUAUCAUGCACUUACUCAUCGAAGCCUUAGAUGUGUUCUUAGUAGGAACAGCCAUGCUUACAUUUGGGAUGGGAUUGCAUGUUAUGUUUGUCGGAUCCCAAGCUUCAAGAGGCAACGGAUCUACACUUCCAUCAUCAAAUUUCUUUGGGCUUUUUCAACUCAAGGAGUUUCCAUCAUGGGCUGGAAUGAAAUCCAUCUCUCAAGCAAAGUCAAAAAUCGGACAUGCUUUAAUGUUGUUGCUUCAAGUUGGAGUCUUGGAGAAGUUCAAGAGUAUACCUUUAGUUACAGGGUUGGAUUUGGCUUGUUUUGCUGCAUCAGUAUUUGUCUCUUCUGCUGGUUUAUUCGUUCUUUCACGACUUUCUGUUGAUACUAAAAUUACCUAAGUUAUUUAGGUAUCCAAUUAUUCUUUUGUCUUCUUAUAGGUAUAGGUAGUAGGCUUUAAUUUAUCAAGGAUGUAUAUGUUGUUCGUGUUAGAACAAAUAAUUCUUUUAUUUGUAUAUGUAUAUAUAAUGACAAAUAAUAGUCGAUAU